CCAGCUAACGAGAGGAGUGGUUUUUAAAAAAUCGUUCUGACUUUGGGAGAUAUGUUCUUUUUUGCAGACUAAGGAAAAAAGCAGGUGUGGGCCUACCACUCCGGGAAAGCCUUUAAACCAGUUCUGCUGUGUGCCCUGAUUCCCCUUUUUGUGGAGAAGAGAGGAUAUUUGGGAAGCAUGCAAAGUUUCUAGGCUUCUUCGCAGACAGGCCAAAUGGAGCCAAGAGGGAAAAGGACUUUAAAGAGAACAGGCACAUGGUUAUGAGCUUUCGAGUCUCGGAGCUGCAAGUGCUUCUGGGGUUUGCUGGCCGGAACAAGAGUGGGCGGAAGCAUGAGCUGCUCACCAAGGCGCUGCAGUUGCUGAAGUCAGGUUGUAGCUCCGCCGUUCAGAUGAAAAUCAAGGAGUUGUACCGGCGGCGCUUUCCCCGGAAGAUCCUCACCCCUUCGGACUUAUCCAUGCUUCACCUCCAGGCAGGGCAGCUGCCCUCGGCCACGGCAUUGACGCAGGGCGCCAUGUGCCACCUGCCCUACGACAAUGGAGCGGUGGCGUCUGGAGUGCCAGCCGGCAUGCUGCCUCCUGUGCCAAUGCUGGGGCCCAAACAUGAGGCUGACGUGCCCCACUUGUCACCUCCCAUCCACCCUGUCCAUCCAGACGUGAAGAUGCGGCGCCUGCCCUUUUAUGACGUCUAUGACGAACUCAUCAAGCCCACCACUUUGGCUUCAGUGAACAGCCAGAGGUUUGAGGAAGCACAUUUCACUUUUGCCCUCACUCCUCAGCAGGUGCAACAGAUUCUCACUUCUAGGGAUAUCUUACCUGGUGCCAAAUGUGAUUAUACUGUACAGGUACAAUUGAGGUUUUGCUUAUGUGAAACCAGCUGCCCACAAGAGGAUUACUUCCCUCCCAAUUUAUUUGUUAAAAUCAAUGGGAAGCUUUGUCCUUUGCCCGGUUAUCUUCCCCCCACAAAGAACGGCGCAGAGCCCAAGCGACCCAGUCGACCAAUCAACAUCACCCCCUUGGUGCGCCUCUCAGCCACAGUCCCCAACACAAUUGUGGUGAACUGGUCUUCUGAGUUUGGCAGGAAUUAUUCCCUGUCUGUUUACCUGGUGAAGCAGCUGACCUCGGUGACGUUGCUGCAGAAACUGAGAGCAAAAGGCAUCCGGAACCCUGACCAUUCCCGAGCCCUGAUAAAAGAGAAGCUGACAGCUGAUCCAGACAGUGAGAUCGCCACCACGAGUUUACGAGUGUCGCUCAUGUGUCCGCUGGGCAAGAUGAGGCUGAUCGUUCCCUGCCGUGCCUUUACCUGCACCCACCUCCAGUGCUUCGACGCAGCCCUCUACCUUCAGAUGAAUGAGAAGAAGCCCACCUGGACUUGCCCCGUCUGUGACAAGAAGGCUCCAUAUGAGGGCUUGAUCAUUGAUGGGCUGUUCAUGGAGAUCCUUAACUCUGUUACGGACUGUGAUGAAAUUCAGUUCAUGGAGGAUGGUUCCUGGUGCCCCAUGAAACCCAAAAAGGAGAAUCAGGAAGUUUGCCAACCAUCAGCAUACAAUGGACUGGAAGCCUCUCUGUACACAGUGGGUUCGGAUGGAAAACAACCAUCUGAAAAUAAGAAGAAAGUGGAGGUGAUUGACCUGACCUUGGACAGCUCUUCAGACGACGAGGAGCCCCCCACCAAGAAAGUGUGUCCUGUGGCCAUUGCGGCCAUCCCGCCAGCAGCCGGACCUAAGGGGGUUUUAAACACAGAUCACCAGCCCUCCUCGGUGCUGCGGAGUCCUCCAAUGGCUGCAGUGGGCAGUGAUUACCUCUCCAGCCUCCCACUGUCUGACUACCACCCUUCUUAUCCAGUCCCUUCAGACAUCCAAGGUCUGGAUUUGUUUUCCUUCCUUCAAAGUGAAAAUCAGCACUACAGCCCCUCGGUGAUCACCUCCCUAGAUGAACAGGACACCCUGAGCCACUUUUUCCAGUAUCGUGGACCCUCCCCACAUUUCAUGAGCCCCCUGGCUCCAAUUGUGGUGGGAUCCCACAGUGGGGUAGGUUCCCCCACCGGCAGCCGCAUGAACAGCGUUGUCUCUUCGCCUACAGCCAGCCUGCGGGAGAGCCACGGCCACAGCGGCACCAUGGGAAGCAGCCCGGCUCUGCCAGGGUGCCGACCAGAUAUCAUCUCUCUGGAUUAAAGGUGGGGCACCCUUUGGAACUGUGUGCCGGGGAGAGGGGGCUCCAUUCCUCUCUGGAGGGAAGAAAGCAAGCAAAUUUCGGCAAGUGAGGAUCUCGUUGGCAGCUCAGAAGAAAGACACUUGGCAGAGCUCUUUUACUUUGCGCGUGCUGCUGUUCUGUGGCAAGACUGGAAAAAUCGUGGCAUUGGCAGUUUUUAAAGCUGGAGACUCUCCUGAAAGCCAAGCUUCUGAUCCCUUGUGGCUGCCCUGAAUCCGAAGAAUCACAGCUAAAUUUUGGUCAUGGGAUACUUGAGUCAGCAGGGACUAAGUGGGCAUUCGUUGACAUACUGUAGUCUCUCCAAAUUACAGAAUCCUGGACUUUUUCUUAGCUAUGAAAACUAGGUUUGGGAUGUGCAGGAUUGGAUGCAGCUGCAAUUGAUAUCGUCAGCAUACAGCAGACAUGAGCAUAAGAGGCAUUUGAAAUUCAAGAUGGCUGGAACUCAGAACAGGUGGUCAUGACCCUACUAGAGCUGGUUCAUGGAACACAUCCACUGGAUUGGGACAGCACUGGGACGCUUCUGACAACAUCUGAAGGCUGUGUUAAGCUCCACGUUUGAUUUUGAAGCUUGAAAUGUUUUGAAUUGGAAACAUUUUGCAAGACACCAGAAAUUGGCUCCUUCUAGUAUUAAAACAAACAUUCUUUUUAAGGAUCCUGGGCAGGAAUAUCACACUAGACCAACUGAGGCCAAUGUGAAUGUUUGCAAGUUCUUCGAUUUUCAGAGCUCUGUUGGGGGAAGGAGUACCUGGCAAACCCUUCUCCACACAUGAGAGCUCUGUGCGAACCUUCCAACCAAAGUUCUUUUCCUACCCCAAUUUAUAUUUUCUGUACUUAUUUCAUUACUCCUGCCCUAUACUAGCCGCCUAUUUAGAGGUUCGAAGGUAUAAAAAGGGAAUUAUGAAUUUUACCCAGAAAAAUUCACUGCUUUCUGUUCCUCCCCAUUCUAUAUUUUUACUAGGAUUUAGCCUUGAUUGGGUUCACACAUCAGGUUAAGCCAUGGUGUAGCUUUUUGAUUCUCAGUGAUGCAGGAACCUGGCUGUUGUGAUUUGCAUGGUAUAAAAUAGGCAGCUAGGGUUUGUUCAAACCAUGGUUACAAUGAACAUGGCUUAGCAUGUGUUCCUUGUUAACUAUGGUUUCUUUAUAAAGCACGUGAAGACCGUGGUCAGGAGGCACCUAGGCUGCCUAAUCAUGGUGCUUCUCAGCCUGCAUAUAACACUGAGUUGGCAUCCAGGUAGUUUUUGAGGGGCAUAUUUCUGUUCCAAAAAGUGGGUAUGCCCAUAACAAAAAUGAAUUUGAAUUCAUUUACCAUUUUAAUUUAAAAACUUCAUUUUAAUUUGAAAAAUUCUCCCUGCAUAUUUAAAGAUUUCUCUUUCUGUCACAAUUUAGGAUUAUCUUUUGAGGAUUUAAGCUGUACUAUACAUGGGUACUAUCAGUCCACCAGAGGAGAAGACAUUUGUAGUAUGAACAUUACAAGAAACAUCAGUGUCUGCUAAGGAGUGGCAUUAUCUUCAAAGAAUGUUUGCCAAAAAUUCCUAUGGGUGCCCAUGCAGGACAGGUUCUUUUGUGCCCGCAGGGAGGCAGGUUCAUUGAGAAGACACCCGGGCAGCCUGGGAAACUUCCCUGUUUCUCCCUCAGCAGCUACAUUUGCUCAUCUUUGCUUCCUUCCAGCUACGACUUCUGUUCUGGAAAUCUGUUUGAAGGGAUGGGUCACACUGUCCUGGUGCAGAAGAUCCGCGAAGGACAUCUUGCCGGAGUUCUGAGCAGCCCUGAGGCGUAAGGCUUGAAUCCCAGUGGUGACUUCUGCAAAGCCUCUUCUUAGACACUCCCAGGUUUGGAUUUUCUGAGCCCAACCAGGGCCGCAAUCCAGCCACUGCAGGGAGCUACUGGGAAUGAGCUGGGAGGUUGGUGGACUUUUAGGACCUUGGUUGGGGCCAUUGUGCUUCCUGCCCAGUUCGACUGUGCUGCAGUGCUCCCCCCUGGACUGGACCUGCAGGGUGGCAUCAUCUUUGAAGCUUAUUUCCACACACCUGGGUUGUGCUCGGAUGCCAAGGGAUCUGUCCACCAGCAUGCCCUUAAAAAUCCCAGAAUUUGGUUGCUAUUAGUGGUUAUUACCAGUGACUGCCCAGUCGGUAGACUCUGGCUGUUACAAUGUAUUUUUUUACACUUUAGAUCUAGAAUUUCCACCCUCUUAAAAUAUUUCCUACCAAUCCUGUACAGAAAACAAAAUCUAUCAAUCUCCCUCUCUCUCUCUAUAUAUAAUAAUAAUCUAUAUUUUCAGUUUUUGUACAUAAUGCAACUCCAAAGAUCUUUCUGUGUAUUUUUUUUCCUUUUCUGAGGACUAAAUGAAGGUUGCAUCAUCCUUUGCACACAUGUGAGCGAGCAGGGGUCAGUGCAUCAUCCAUUGCACAGCUUAUUUAUGUAUUUAUGUAUGUGUUUUGGGUUAUGUGUGUUUUUCAGUUCAAAGCAGGAGCUUUAUGAGUCUAGCUGCCUCAGCCUGCUCUUCCGCCGCCUCAGCCAGCCAGAAUGGUUGAGCAUCCACCACAGAAGGUCCUGCCGGUUGUAGCUGGGGGAGGUGGCAGUGCAGUCGGAUCUUCCCUAAGUGGAAUCAGUGGGAGUGAAGGUGGUUCUGAGGUGGAAUGAAACAGUAGGUAACUUUACAAAGCUUCCCCCUUCAAGGUGUUUGCUUUCUGUGUUAUUUGAACGCCUGGUUCCCAAAGUCUUGGUGGAGAACACAGAAUUCGUAUUUUAAGAGGGCUGUGGAUUAAUUUUAACACUGUGUGUCGCCCACACCUCAUCAUUUUGUGACUUCUCUUUCAAGUCAUUCUGUUUUAAUAAAGAAAAGGGAAUGUGUUUUUAGGGCACCUAAAGUUUUCCUAGAAAUUCCCAGGAGAUAAGUGACCUCCAAAAUAGUUUCAACCCCUCCUUUCCUGAUUGGGGUAGCUUCUGGGUCCCAGCAAUGGGAAGACAAUUUAAUAGUUUGAGCUUUGCAGACAGAUGUCUUUAAGGUCCAUAUCUAGCUGAUGAGAUUCCCCAAUCUGUUGCCCCCCAAAAGAGCUGGGACCCCCCACUUAGUGUGGCAGGAAGUGGCUUGGGAUCUGAGAAUUGUGUUCCCAACCCUUCUGGAGGGCACCACAGUGUAGGAGGAGAAAUUAGUAGAUGAGGUAAAGCUGGAAGAGUGACCGUUGCCCCUGCAAUUAAGAGAGCCAGCCCAGAGAGGUGGGUGUAAGUUUCCUGGGUCAAGGGCCACAGGUGGUCUUGAGAGCCACGCUGCCACAAGUAGGGAUGGGACCAGGAUGAACACUCAUUAUUACACUUAAAUUUAAUUAAAAUAACAUGGAGUUGGUCAUAUGCACUGUUUCAACUUGGGACACCUUAAGCUAGGAAUGAUCUGUUUUGAGGUGGGAUCAUUUCUGGAUCUAAAGUACACAGGAUGUUCAAGCUGAGGAUGACCUUUCCAAGGUCAGAACACCUCCAGUCAAUAUGAUUCCCCCUUUUAGUUCAUAUUAUUAGUUUGGUAAUAAUUUCUGGAGUGGUUCUGGUAGCCACUCACCAAACUCUGGCACUGUUUCCCAACCUUGGCAACUUCCUAGCAUAUGGCCUUCUGUACCCAGAAUUUCCCAGCCAGCAUGGCUAUUGCUGAGAAUUCUGGGAGUUGAAGUCCAUACCUCUGAAGGUUGGAGAAAACAGGACUAGAUGGACAGGUUGGCCUGGCCUACCCAAAGCUGAGAUGUUUGUUUGGUGUACAAAACCUGUGAGCCAGGUCUUAAGUAGGCCUUCGUGUUUCUACCUUCUCAGCGCUCCUUGAGGCUAGAUGAGUCUGAAAAACUCAUCAGCCUCCCUCCAAUACCAAGAUCAGAGGCUACUGUGAAAUGUCCAUUGUCAAUUUUAAAAAGCAAAACUUGAAAUUAAGCAGUCUUGUAGUUUACCUCUUGACCAGUUGCUUUUUCUUGAGGCCUCUGAACUGUCACCCAGCUGGAAGGCACUGGAAACGAGAGGCACUUCACACUGCUUUUCUGCUGGAAACCCAGGAGAAAAGGUGGGGUCCACUUAGCUAAGACACAAGCGGUCCCAUUCUGCCUAGCUGGAGAGGGCACACUUCCACAUGUUUCCUUUGCAUACUUUUCACUUAAUUGGUUACUUAAAUAUUGCUAAUAGAUUGGAAAUUACACAACACGGGGGGAAGGAUUUUUUUAUCCCAACUGGAAUAACUGAUAUGGUUGCUAUUUUGUUUCUUGAAACAUGAUGGCUCAUUUUUGAAAGGCAGGGUCCCUCACCUUUUUCCGUAAAGGAUAGCUAGCAGUGGGCAAUUGAAGAAAUGGACAUUCUGGGUCAAAAUCCCAUUUCCAGUCCUUUGAGGGUAGGAUAGGAAUUUGAGCAUAAUAUUUGGGCUGCCUUGGAAGCCAGGCCAGAAGGGCUCAGAGAGGACAUUGGGGAGCACUUUCCCCUUCUCCAGCCCCAGAAACCCAACCACCCUCUAAUCUGCAGGCUGUCACAUUCCUUGUGGGCAUCAUCAAAGCAUUCCAGAUGCCUUGGAAGCAUCUCAACUUGGUGUUGGGUGAAAUGGGUGGCUUGUCUUGCCAUCAGCUGAUGCUCUGGCACUUCAUCUUCCAGGGAAAGGCUUGGACAGGAGGCCUGGCAAGGAGGAUAGGAGUGGCAAAGGCUGAGGCACAUUUUGUACAUCCUGAUGGCUAUAGUGGGUGGGUGGAGGAGGCUGACCCAGGUGGUAUUUAAAAGCAGACACCCCCUCCCCCCAAUCCCCCUAGUGGAACCGUUCUUCUGUCCCUCUGAGGAGGGUUGGCUUGCUAUGCCAAAUCUCUCCUGGGUUUAUUUAUUCUGUCAUAUCUCGUUUUUAUCAACGCAGAGCCAUGCUGUAUAUGCAAAGUACCUUUUUAGAGAAAAUAUAAUAAACAAGUUGCAAAGAGCUGUGGUCCCACAUCAUUGAUGGCAGUGGUGCCGAGCAACAGUGAGGGGAAUGAGGGUGUUUGGCUUUCACUGCAAGCAUCUUCUCAGGGUCUCCCAGGAGCCACUCUGGAUGGGGUGGCUUCAGAGAUUAUGCUUCAAGGGGGGAUUCAGGACCAUGGUUCUCACCCUCAAAUGCUGUGUGCGUGUGCAAGAGGGGGAUGUUAUACGGACUCUACCAAGUAUGGCUUAGUCAACAAAACAGGAUUGAGCAAAGCUGUAGUGAGUCCAGCCUUCUUUCUGGUUGCCUUUCACAGAACUGCUACAUGUUCUACAUUUUACCAGGUUGAAAGGAUGUGGUCAGCAUCAGAUGCUGUACUAAGCUCUACAUAAUUGGUUGCAUUUUGCCUACAGCAGUACAGUGGGGCAAAAAAGUAUUUAGAC